CGCAGGCAGCCCGCACGGUUCUCCCCCCCGCCCCCUCCUCCUUCUCCCCUCCAACAUGGCCACGGUGCUCACCUCAACGCGCUUCACGGAUGAAUACCAGCUCUACGAGGAACUCGGGAAGGGCGCCUUCUCCGUGGUCCGGCGCUGCGUGAAAAAGUCCACAGGGCAGGAGUACGCCGCCAAAAUCAUCAACACCAAAAAGCUGUCGGCCAGAGAUCAUCAGAAAUUGGAGCGAGAGGCAAGAAUCUGUCGUCUGCUCAAACAUCCAAACAUAGUGCGACUCCAUGACAGCAUCUCAGAGGAGGGCUUCCAUUACCUCGUCUUUGACCUGGUGACCGGCGGCGAGCUGUUUGAGGACAUCGUCGCCAGGGAAUAUUACAGCGAGGCCGACGCCAGCCACUGCAUCAAUCAGAUCCUGGAGAGCGUGAGCCACAUCCACCAGCACGACAUCGUGCACCGGGACCUGAAGCCAGAGAACCUCCUCCUGGCCAGCAAGAUGAAAGGCGCGGCAGUGAAGCUGGCCGACUUCGGCCUGGCCAUCGAAGUGCAGGGGGACCAGCAGGCCUGGUUCGGCUUCGCAGGUACUCCAGGCUAUCUGUCGCCAGAGGUUCUGAGGAAGGACCCGUACGGCAAGCCGGUGGACAUCUGGGCGUGCGGCGUGAUCCUCUACAUCCUCCUGGUGGGCUACCCCCCGUUCUGGGACGAGGACCAGCACAAACUGUACCAGCAGAUCAAGGCCGGAGCGUACGACUUCCCAUCUCCAGAGUGGGACACGGUGACACCCGAGGCCAAGAACCUGAUUAAUCAGAUGUUAACCAUUAACCCCGCCAAAAGGAUUACGGCCGACCAGGCCCUCAAGCAUCCGUGGGUCUGCCAACGCUCCACCGUUGCGUCCAUGAUGCACCGGCAAGAGACUGUGGAGUGUCUGCGCAAGUUCAACGCCAGGAGAAAACUGAAGGGAGCCAUCCUCACCACGAUGCUCGUGUCCAGGAACUUCUCCGUGGGACGGCAGCACACCAGCCCCGCCGCCACCACCAGCACCGCCGCCAUGGCGCAGGAAGCUUGCAAAACCUUGCUCAACAAAAAGUCGGACGGCGUCAAGGAAACGCAGACCACUGUCGUGCACAACCCAGCUGACGGCACCAAGGGCUCGACGGAAAGCUGCAACAAUGCCGAAGAGGAGGAGAUGAAAGGCCGCAAGCAGGAGAUCAUCAAGAUGACCGAGCAGCUGAUCGAAGCCAUCAACAAUGGCGACUUUGAGGCCUACACGAGAAUCUGCGACCCGGGUCUGACCUCGUUUGAACCGGAAGCUCUGGGGAAUCUGGUGGAGGGCAUGGACUUCCACAAGUUCUACUUUGACAACUUGUUGAGUAAGAACAGCAAGCCGGUGCACACCACCAUCCUGAACCCUCACGUGCACCUGAUGGGCGAGGACGCGGCGUGCAUCGCGUACAUCCGCCUGACGCAGUACAUGGACGCGCAGGGCCGCCCGCGCUCCUGCCAGUCGGAGGAGACGCGCGUGUGGCAGCGCCGCGACGCCAAGUGGCUCAACGUGCACUUCCACUGCUCGGGAGCUCCCGCCGCGCCGCUGCAGUGAACGUCGCCCGCGCUCACCUUCAACUCUUCAAACCGUCGGGCGGAGCCGCGACUCUCCGCCGUGCUUGCAAGCAUCCCGGCCUGGAACAAGAGGGUAACAACAUACGAGCCCAGGGGGACACCAACACAACCAUGACAACAACGAUGUCAAAAGACAACAAACAAACAACACAUUUAACGAUGAGGGGGGGUGGAAAAAAAAACAAUCAUUAACUCAACCGAAGCAGCAGGAGACCCACCGACCGACCGGCCGGCGCGGUUCCUCCGUGUGGAUGGAUGGUGCAUGUUUGCGGAAGGUGUGCGGGUUCGAUGCCGCCGCCCCACUCCUGUCCACGCCGACCCCCCCCACCCCCAUCCGUCGUCUUGUUAGCUUGCACGCAUGCACAAACACACACACACAGAAUUGCGAAGCGCUAAUAUGAAAUUUGCAUUAAUGUCCUAUUUGGAUAUUUAGUCGUGUUACUUAAAAGGAUCGUCAGUUUUGGGUUUUUUUUUAUUAUGACAAUGAUUAUUUUGUACUCUUUAUUAGUGUUUUUAAUGUAUUAUAUUGUAUUUGGGGGCAUUUUAUUUAAUGUGUGAAUGGAUAUUUAUGCGCAAGAUUUGUGUGUUGGUGUGUGGAAAGUAGUUAAAGCAUUUAUUCCAUUUCCUUGAAAUCCAUCAUAUUGUCCGUCUACUAGUACAUUAUUUGGCCUCUCGAGGAAGACAAUGUAGUUGCACUAGUAAAAUGACUAAUAGUAGUCACAUUUAUUUGCACUACUACUACACAAACAUCCUAUUACCACUAUCAGGCCCAGCUAUUAAUCGUGUCACGCACUUGUAGCCUCCUGGGACUAGUAGCACCAAAAUCCCCACUCGUUAUUUUGCAGAUGUUGUCCUACUAGUGUGCAGAAAUAUCAUGCUGGUGGAAGGCGUGAGCGCCCAAAAAAAAGGUUACUAGUACGAGGGUCAUUCUACUAGUGCGCUGAAUUGUCUUUAUGGAAAUCUGCUCGAGCAUGUAUUUAUUCAGUAUUCUCAAUAUCCAGCUUAAGUUCCACGUACUAGUAUGCCCUUCUUCCUCACUAGUAAGACAAUUCAGUGCACUAGAAUGACUAGUGUGCAUUUGUGGUAAUAUUUUUUUCCCCACUACAAGUACCACUUUGGGCACAAGUAAACCGUACUAUGCAGCACUAGUAACACCACUAGUAGACAUGAGUCGCAUAGUAGCCACUAGUAGGUCCACGAACCUCAAGGUGGAUAUCAAGAUUCCUGAUCCUUGAUUUUCAGCCCCCUGAACCGUCUUACUCGCGCAGAAUACGAGUGUACUAGUCCAAGGACCUCAUUGUGGAUAUCAAGGAUCUAGAAUACCGUAAUUUCCGGCCUACUGAGUGCACCUGGUUAUAAGCCUCACCCAGUACAUUUGUAAAGGAAAUACCAUUUGGUACACACAUAAGCCGCACCUGUGUAAAAGCCGCAAGUGCCCACAUUGAAACACGAGAUUUAGUUAGAUUAAGAGUUUUCAAAAUUUUAAUACCUUAGCUUAGCUCAACACAGCAACAACAAGGUAGCACGAACAGCGCUGGUAAAAAAACAAAAAAACAUACCGAUUAAAAAAAACAAAACAAAAAAAAAACAGCCACGGCAGCUACAUAGUAGCAACACGGUAGCAUAGCAGUAACAAGGCCGGUAAAAAAAAAAAAAACAUCCCUAAAUCACUGAGACGGGGCAGUAACACAGCAGCAACAUGCUAGUGUGGUGCUAACGCUAGUGUGGCGCUAACAGGUUCAAUUAAAAAAAUAUAUACUGGUAAAAGUCACUGAGACACGGCAGUAACCUAGCAGCAACACGCUAGCACAGCGGUAAAAGGGCUGGUAAACAAAACAAAAAAAACAAACAUACCGGUAAAAGUCACUUCCUCUGCACAUAUAUUCCACCGGUCUCACUCUUACGUUGCGGCCGUUAGAAAAAAAUUAGCCGCAUCACCGCGUAAGCCGCAGGGUUGAAAGCGUGUGGAAAAAGUCGCGGCUUAUAGGCCGGAAAUUAUGAUACAUUCUGAAUGGCUUUUGCGUAUAUUUUGGUGUGCGUGUUGAUAGCAUGAUUCUCCGUUUACUGGCCUGUACUGUUUCUCCGACUGUUGCCCCGCCUCCUCCCUGAUGAUGAUGAUGAGGAUGAUGAAGUCUCCUCCCCGCGUCUCGUUUUUAUCGUCCAUCCGGGCUUUUGCCGUACUUGUGCGUUUCCCUUCAGCAAGCAUGUUUGCGGACUGUCGGCUGAAACACGUGGCAAAAAAAAAAAA